AUGAGCACAAAACUGUCAGGGACUUCGCGUUUGCCACAGGACAUACUCACCACCAAACUCUCAAGUAUGACAAUGCAGGAGCACGAGAGUCAUUUGCGUGUGUUUGUUUCGUCGCGAGUUUUAAGCCUAGAUGAGCCAGAGCCCGCUUUGAGUGAUAUUCAUGCCCAUGCUAGUGAGCCAGCCUCAUAUUCGACGCAGACAGACUAUAUGCCGGAUCCAGAAACUCUCAGUAUCCCCGACAUCCAUCUAGCGCGGCUGUCUUUAUUAGCAACAAAGGCGCCCCACAAUCCGCCAGGAUCCUUACCUCGCUCAACACCCUCAGACCAUCUUUCAGAUGCUACAUCCAGCGAUGGCGAAGGUGAUGAGCGUAUGCAUGCCUCAGAAAUACCUGAUACAUUACCGCAAGGUGAUUUGUAUUUGUGUGGUCCGCAUGAGAGCGAGGUGAGAGACACACAGGAUGGUGGCUCAAGAGAAGCUAUUGGGCAUGCACUGGGUGCAUGCGUAGAGGCAGUUGACCGCGUCGUUGCUGCAGCUUCCGUUGCAGAUAGGAUCGGGACUGAAAUUCCGCGCGAGUCUCCGUAUCUGACAUCGCAACAGCUCUUCCCUAUUCAGGCAGGUUUGUCCGAUAUACCCCCCAGUCGAUGGACAGAACACACGCCAGCCAAACGGGCGUUUGUCUUAUCGCGACCGCCGGGACAUCACUGUAGUGGCGCUGAUCCCUCCGGUUUCUGUUGGGUGAACAAUGCGAUGGUGGCAGCAGCACAUGCGUAUCGUGCACAUUCAAUCGACCGCGUGGUGAUUCUAGAUAUUGACCUGCACCAUGGAAAUGGCACGCAAGCCUUGGCUUGGCGAAGAAAUGCCGAUGCUGCCGCGUCAGACUCCCAGCGACAAGCACGGCUUCAAUCUAUGAUGCGAAGUAUGCAGCGGACUGGUUCCGCCGCAUCGCGACAAGCAGCGCGGGUGGCAGAUGCUACUCGCACGCGUUGGGAACGAUUGCUGCACGAAGAGUCACUCGUCGGACCACGUGCUCAGCGUCUUUUUUACGGAAGUCUUCACGAUAUUGAGAGCUUCCCAUGUGAGAAUGGGGAUGCCGAGCUGAUCCGUAAUGCAAGUGUAUGCCUUGGAGGAGCUCAUGGACAAUGGAUUUGGAAUGGUACGUAUGAGAAUGCAUGCGCGACAGGCUAG